AUAAAAUAGCAUUUGUACAGGAGGAAGCCCCGCCUGCGAUAUGUGCAGCGCUGACGCGCAUCGGGUCGCCACGUGACUCCUCUGGAAUGUUAACAAUGCAGUUAAGUGUCCAACAUUCUAAAUCGGCCCAGAGUCGCGAGAAAAUGGAGUCCCAUCACAAACUAGAAUUCCUGCACUUCAUAUGAUUUGUCGCCUUUCCUUGAUCGUACAACACAGUCGGAUAGCUUUGGGUCUGGAGGGAAGGAAAGUGUCAAAGGCUACAAUGAGACAGCGCGACCCUGAAUGUGAGCAUCUGCACAUGAUGUUGGACCCAGAGAGACUGGACCCCUAAGGCCAUGCAGCAGCAGAGACCCCAGGAUCAGCUGGCCUGAACCCCAACUCCCAUAGAGACAGCGACAAAAACAACAAGUAUAAAUCUUCCAGAACGAGCUGUGAUACGGGUCACCUGAACAGGAGAGCUUCAACUGCCACGGUGUGCCAUCCUGAGAUUUCUGAUAGGACAGAGAGAGAAUCACGUGUGUGCAUGUGUGUGUGUGCCUGAGAGACGGACCUAGUGUACAGAAGGAGGGGACGUUGGGUCGACCAUGCGGCCAAAGACAUUCCCUGCCGCUCCUUAUGUGGGAAACACACGACAGCGUCUGCAGGAGAUCAAGGAAGGCCUGAAGCAGCCAGCUAAGCUGGUGAGCCAAGCCUUGCACGGCGGGGCCGGCCGAGGUGCCAGUGAUGGCAAAGGCAAAGACCCCGCCAGUCGGCCAACUUCCCAACAGCAGCAGCCUCAUCAGCAGCAGCAACAGCAGCAGGCACGUCCACCGCAGAAGUUCAACCAAUACCAGAGUGCCCUGCGUGAGAUCCGCAAGUCCCUGAUGCCCUUUGCUAAUGACUCGGGCCCUGCCUCUGGUUCUGGAUCCGCCCACACCAGUGGAGAAGUCAACAGGCAAAUGCUGCAGGAGCUGGUCAACGCUGGUUGUGACCAGGAAAUGGCGGUGCGUGCCCUGAAGCAGACAGGAAGCAGGAAUAUCGAAGCAGCGCUGGAGUUCAUCAGCAAGAUGGGCUACCUGGACCCCAGGAACGAGCAGAUCGUGCGCGUCAUCAGGCAGACCUCACCGGGCCAAGGGAGUGUGCCAAACUCCAUGGAUCACCGGCCAGCACUGGAUGGGGGGGCAGAUAGCGCCAUGCCUCCAUAUCACCAGAUGGGUCCAAUCAUGUAUGAUGGGCCUGGGUACGGAGCAGAGAGUGCCCCUGGCUUGGGGGAUAUGCCCAGACCCUAUAUUGGUGGCCCAGUUGUGAGCUACAUGAUCCCACCACCCUCUAACCAAGGCCCGCCCAUGAGCAAUCCCUUGGGCCGCCCUCCCAGCAUGGGGCCAUACCCCCCUUCAAUGGCUGCCCAGAACCCAACUGGAGCUCCUAUGUUCCCUUCCGGUGCCCAGCAGAAGGCCUAUCCACCAAAUGAGGCCCUAAUGGGUUAUACCGUUUCUGGGCAGCCCCUACAGCUCCAGACUUCUCCACCAGGGGGUCCUAGCGGAGCACACUAUGGACCCAGCCGGCCACAUGUAAUGGAGUCAUCAGGCUAUCCUGUCCAGAGGAGCUCCUCCUUUCAGAACAAGAUGCCAGUGGCAUCAUCACCUUCAGAUGGGUACGGGGGUCUGCAAAGCAAAGGGGCAUUGGGACAAAGCAGUGGGGGGGCAGCUGGGUACUCUCCUGGCUUGUACCUCCCACCACAUGGUCAUCCACAUCCCCACCAGGUCCACAUGAUCCCCCACCGGCAGGCCACUGCAGCGGUGGGUCCCGACUAUGCUGAUGUCACCCAGGCCCUUCUAACACCCUCCAGGGCCAGUGUCAAUCUGGACCUGUUUGAGCACCACUGGGCCCAGCCUGGCCCCUCAGAGGCAGCUUCUGCUCGACCUCCCCAGGGACCACAGGGGCCCUUUAGGGGGGAGGUCCGCAUCCCCAGUAGGACCAACUCCUUUAACAAUCCACAAAAGGUUGGUGGCACCGGGACGGGAGGCACUGGAAUGGCAGUUAGGCCUUCCACGGUCAAGCAGGACACCGCCCUGGGGCCACCUCACACCAUCACAGCUGUGACCUCACCACCUAUCCAGCAGCCUGUCAAGAGCAUCCGGGUUCUGAGACCAGAGCCCAAGACCGCUGUGGGACCUUGCCACCCAGGCUGGCUAGCUGCUCAGACCCAGGACACACCUGAACCACACUCUUAUCCCCUAGAGCCUACCCCAGAGCCUCGCUGCCCACCUCCACCCUACCCCAAAAAUCUCAUGAUGCCUGGGAUGGGCCCUGAGUCAGCACCUUUAGACGGUGCCCCUGGAAACUCCACUGUGGAGCCCAGCAAUAGCGCAAAGGCUGGGGAGGCCCUCACCAAGGACAAAGCCAAGGGCAACAAGGCUGAGAAGGCAGCCAAAGACAAGAAGCAGAUCCAGACGUCACCGGUGCCUGUGCGGAAGAAUGCCCGUGACACAGAGAAGCGGGAAUCCCGCAUCAAGAGUUACUCGCCCUUUGCCUUCAAGUUCUACAUGGAGCAGCACGUGGAGAAUGUAAUGAAGACUUACCAGCAGAAGCUAAACAGGAGAAUGCAGUUGGAACAAGAGAUGUCCAAGGCUGGCCUCUCUGAGGCUGAGCAAGAACAGAUGAGAAAGAUGCUCUAUCAGAAGGAAUCGAAUUACAACCGACUGAAGCGUGCCAAGAUGGACAAAUCCAUGUUCGUGAAGAUCAAGACUCUGGGCAUCGGUGCCUUUGGUGAAGUGUGUCUGACACGCAAGGUGGAUACAAACGCCCUGUAUGCCAUGAAAACACUGCGCAAGAAGGAUGUGCUGCUGAGGAACCAGGUGGCUCACGUCAAAGCCGAGCGCGACAUUCUGGCAGAAGCCGACAACGAGUGGGUAGUACGCCUCUACUACUCCUUCCAGGAUCGCGACAGCCUGUACUUCGUCAUGGACUACAUCCCCGGCGGGGACAUGAUGAACCUGCUGAUCCGCAUGGGAGUCUUCCCUGAGAACCUGGCCCGCUUCUAUGUGGCUGAACUGACACUGGCCAUUGAAAGCGUGCACCGGAUGGGAUUCAUCCACCGCGACAUCAAACCUGAUAACAUCCUCAUUGACCUGGACGGCCACAUCAAGCUCACCGACUUUGGUUUGUGCACUGGCUUCCGCUGGACACAUAACUCCAAGUAUUACCAGAAAGGAAGCCACACCCGUCAGGACAGCAUGGAGCCGAGCGAGCUGUGGGAUGACAUGUCCAACUGCCGCUGCGGUGACCGGCUGGCCAGCCUGGAGCAGAGGGCCAUGAGGCAGCACCAGCGCUGCCUGGCUCACUCCUUGGUGGGCACACCCAACUACAUUGCCCCCGAGGUGCUGUUACGCAAAGGUUACACCCAACUGUGUGACUGGUGGAGUGUGGGUGUAAUCCUCUUUGAGAUGCUGGUGGGACAACCCCCGUUCCUGGCCCCCACCCCCACAGAGACCCAGAUCAAGGUCAUCAACUGGGAGAGCACGCUGCAGGUGCCGCCCCAGGUGAAGUUGAGUGCCGAGGCAGUAGACAUCAUCAGCCGCCUGUGCUGCUCAGCCGAGGACCGGCUCGGCGGUAACGGCGCUGGAGAGAUCAAGGCCCACUCCUUCUUCAGCCAGAUUGACUUCUCCAGCAACCUGCGCACACAGCCGGCACCCUAUCGGCCUAGGAUCAGCCACCCCAUGGAUACCUCCAACUUUGACCCGGUGGAGGGGGAUGGGCCGGAAGCCUGGAGCGGUAGCGGGGGCGACACACUGGGCCCCACCCAAGGCAAGCUGGGCGAACCUGAACAUGCGUUCUAUGAGUUCACUUUCCGCCGUUUCUUCGAUGACAAUGGAUGCCCCUUCCGCUGCCCGAAGCCACCUGAGGAGGGUCUGCCUCUGAUUAGUGGCUCCAGUCCUGAGGAGGAGCCAACUGAGGUCUGUGAGCCGGUGUAUGUGUGACCCCCCACCCCCAGUCCGAGUGGCCUUCGCAUCCACUCUCAACAAUACCCUUUCCGGAGCAGCACUGUGUGUGUGUCUGUGUUUGUCUGUGGGUUUUUAAAAUGUGCUUAGUUGGGAGGGGGGGGGGGGGUCCCUCUUGCCUGACAGCGGCGUUAAUAAUGAAAGGUGCCCCUGAGUUCAGGAGACCUCACACCACAGCUCCGGGGGCCGCGAAAACAGACAAGGGGCUCUUUAAGUUGAUUUAUCAGCAAAAUGAUGGACAAUGAGACAAAGAGAGACAAGGGAGAGAAAAUCAAGCAGUAGAGCAAGAGUGAUUAAGGAGGUGGAGGAAUGAAAGAGAGAGAUGGCGUGUCACAUGAUGUGUAUGAGGGUGGGGGGGGCACAUGUGGUGCCAUUAUCCAUGCAAGAGAAGCCACCCAACAGGCAAAGGGAGCAGCCCCCAGCCUACUGAUCUUGCUCCAUGGUCAGAGCAUGGUGUGGGGGCACAUGGGCAGGUGUUCAAAGCAGCGGCAGCAGGUCAUGGGUGGAGCCUGACCUCCAGAACCCCACCAGCCAUUAGGGUCACAUGGCUGACUUGCUGUUGCUGCAGUUUCAUACAAUGCUGUGAAAACAUGACAGGCAUGGAUGAUUCCUACCCAGCAUAAACUGUACACAUCAGGAAGAAGAAUGGGACCAGGUCAGAAAUUCUGAGGAUCCCCCCCCGACAUGCAAUCCAAGUCCUCGCUAUUCAAUUUUGAAAUUCCCCUCAGGUUUUGUUACUUCUGAAGUUUGUUUUUUCCAUGGGAGCUGUGUCCAAAUGCAGAUGACUUUUGUUGCGCUUGUGACCUCAGAGGGGGUCUUGGGGUGCGCUGGCUCCUCACCCAGAUUGUCACAGGGUGCGGUGUGAAUCGGUGCAGCUUUUCCCAGCCCUGACCCACACAUCCUGGCCGUUACAGGGCAGUGGGAGCUUGGCGGCAGAAGAAGGACGAUUUCAUGGGCCCACUAGACCCAUAGAGGCCCAGUCCAAAGUGGAAUAGCAGCUGUUGUAAGCCUGGGCACUUUUCAGUAUUAUGCAAAAGCAAAGACAAGCGAGACCCACUCAGCUGGACAAGUUAAUGUCUCUAACAAACUUCUCAGUGUGGAAGGAGGGGUAGGUGGAGCCUGGGGUGAAACAAGCUAUUGCAGAUAACACAAUAUAGUAAGAAAACGUGCAAUACUGAAAUUAUCAUAUAUACAUACAAAACAGGAUGUGCGUGUAUCAUGUGUGUGCGUGUGUGUAUAGGUAUAUGUAUAUAUACCUGCACACAACAAAUACCCUGUUUUUUCAUGUUAUGUUUUUGUUGUGUGAUGUGUAUAUAUAUAUCACAUAUAUAUACCUGUUUAUACCUUUGAAUAUAGUUUCAUGACAUAAAGCUGCUUAUUAUUUUUAUUUUUUCAUUAUUAUUAAUAAUAAUUUUAUUGUAUUGUUGUUUCUUUUUUCACUUUUCUUGUAAAAAAUGGGUUUGUUAACAGUGUGAGAGGUGUGAUGGUGAUGAGCUGAGUGCAUCUGAAUGAACGUGUCGCAUUGUGGGUAAGGAGUGGAGAGUGCCCCCUCUGGUCAUUCAUGGGCUGGUCCUGUGCAGAUGCUUGAGAGGGAGAGAGGGAAUGGGGAAUGGAGAGAGAAAGACAAAUAAUGUACAUGCACAUUUAUAACCUAAAACGAUGACUACAUCUUUCACUUCCCAGGGAAAAGCAAGAUUAACAUUGAAAGAGCAAAAUUUACCAAUGUUAGUUUUCUUGAGGCUUAUGUUGUCCCAUGUCAUCUUGUAAGCAUGUUGGCAGACACCUGCACAAGUUCCCAUUAGUUGCAUUAACUAUUUCUAUUUUUUUUCCAGCUUGGGAACUACAGGUAUCCCCCUACUUUAGUGCAAGUCAGACAUGUAAUUAAUCAGCUAGUCGAACAUGUAAUUAACAUUUGUUUCAAUGGGACAAAUUUUAAGCAGUAGACAAAUUGAGAUGAGAUCACAAGAUUGCAUAUGAGAAUCACCGAGUACAGUUACCAUAGUAACUAUGGGCAAGAAUGGGGGGGGGGGUGAACUGGGUGUGGCCCCUGGUUCAAAUUUAGCUGUAAAAAUAAUGAGGACAAAAAUCACCCUCAUAUUUGACGGUAACUUGGUAGAGGGUAUUAAAUAAUUGCAGCCUUAUACCAGUCACUCCUGAGUUAUUCAUAAAUCACACUUUAUGACAUCAUGUACCUGUUAUGAAAUGCUGAAUGACAUCAUCCCGGUGGCAGAGGCUUGUAGUUGGGCAGUCCUCAAGUGACAGAAGCACACAGACCAGCUUGAAAAUAAACAGCAAUGGUGGCCAUCUCUGGAGUUAGGCUUUUGUGGUAUAUGGUAAAACCUGAAGCAUCACAAUCUGACCAACCAAAAACCAAACUGAGUAAAUUAUUAUCAACAUCAGUACACCUUUUUUACCUUUAGUGCUCAGGCUAGUUAAUAAUAAGUAAUACGUAGUUUACAAUAUAUAAAUUCAUAAAACCAAGGUUAAAAAUUGAUGACCAAAUAUGCAGGACUGAAACUACACAAAAGCUUCAUUAGCACCAGAUACUUGCAGUGUCUACUGGCAGGAAUAUCAAGUCCUCUUCUACAUUAUCAUGAGUGAUAUAUAGGAAAGUGGUUAAUGGAGAAAAGAAUGUAUUGCAGGACACCAAGGAGUAAAGGACAACAAAAACAAAAAUGAAUAACAAUGAACCAAUAAGAAACCGAAUGGGUCUUAACAGGCUUGUGAUCAAUCAGGAUUAUUUAGCAAAGGACGAUGAGGAAAGUGCUCAGCUUGCAGGCUUGAGAAUCCCUCUGACCUCAGCACAUGAGGGCAAAGACUUGGGCCAAUUCAUAUUCAUUCAUUCAAAUGGAGUGCUUAAUGAGAAUCAGUGGUAUAUAUAUAUAUAUUAAAAAUGAAUUAUUAUAAAUCUUAUUUUGUGUGUGUGUGUGUGUGUGUGUGUGUGUGUGCGUGUGUGUGUGUGUGUCUUGGAUAUAAGUGUUGACUGACAAUCCUUGACAGACUGGAUGCCUUACUUUGAUAUAGGCUUUUAUUUAACUUUCCCACUGUGCAUAAUACUUAUAUUUUUAAUUUGGUGGAAUCUCUCUGUCUCCCUUGAUACCCUUUAAUGUAUAAAAGCAAUAUUGUUACUCUUGAAGACAUAUUUAUACAGAUACUUCUAUGUCUUUUACCUAUACCCUUAAUCUUCUGUCAGACAGCAUUAACCUUCAUUAACAGCACAAUCAAUAUGAACAUAAACAUCAACAUGAGACACGCCUCUUCAUUUUUUUACAUUUAUGAAAUUACUAUUUGUAAAGAAUUUUUUUGUCUGUCACAUGUAAAAAUGUAUCUGUAUAAAUAAACUUCAACAUUAUG